CCAAAGGGCGACGUCGAUCAAAAUAAUUCGUCAAUAAUCAAAAUGGCGGAUUCGGAGAGUAAUGUCGAAGGUCGCAAAAAUAGCAAACAUGACGAAGAGGAAGAAGACUUAUGGUACUAUUGAUGGCUGUUUUAAAUUCCUCAAACCUGUGCCUUGUUGUGAAAUGCUUGACUGUUGUAUCCCUCGUUUAGGUCGGCCAUUUUGAACGAUGUUUCAUCGUCAGCUUCUCGAAAGUUGCCUUCGAACAAGUCUUUGGUGUUGUUAGGUAUGAUUAAUGACCUUCAACUUGCGUGCAUUCAACGUGUUCUCGUUACUAACUAGCGUUGUCUCGUAGGAAAUGAUGGCACGGGGAAGACAAGUUUGAUUGUAAAACUACAAACUGGUGUAGCCGAAGUAAAAAAAGGUCAUGCGAUGGAAUAUAGCUAUAUUAAUGUAUACGACGAAGACAGAGAUGGUAUUUUAUUUGUACUUUCUGUACAUUUUACUAUAAUUUAUCCCCUUAAAUAUGCCUGGGCGUGUACUAGAGUACUUGUUCAAUGUGUCUAAAAGCUUUCAAGUACCCCGAGAAGCAUUUUUGUAUAAAUUUAUAAAACAGCACUGUCAGUCGGUCAAUGUUUACAUGGAGUUAAUAAAACAUGCCGUUAAAACGUUAUGUUUUAUGCAAAUUUCUUCCAAUUCGCAACAAAAUACUUGGUCUACGUGAGUUCUGAGUGUUUUGUUGCAAGUUGGACGAUAUUUUAAAUGCCUGUAUUAAUAUUUAGUGCAAUUUGUUUUUGUAUUGUAAUGCACAGCUGGCCCCAGAGAAUUGAAUUUUAAGCCCAACAAUUGGCAUUUGUAAAUGGACAACUUCCUAAUUUUAGACAAUUUCUGAAAUUAAAAAUAGUAAAUAUACAAAAAGUAAAUAUGCAAAAAAAUUGGUUGUGCCAUGCAAAUUUUCCUCAGAUCUCUCCAAAUGUACAUGGAACAUACUCAUGAACAUACUCCUUCAGAUAUUCUUAUCAAGAAAUUUUGAGGUUUGUUCAUCAACAUGAUGUAUAGACCUACAAAAUAGGAAAAUACCCUCAGCCGACCAUGGAAUAUUGGGAUAUUGUAGUUUUUCAGUUGCUGUCUGAAACCGAUAUACCAAGAGUUUGCAAUAUGCCAUAAUUUUUUGGUAUACCAAAAUUUUCAGUUUGUGUUGAACUUUUGCACAACAUAAAUCAGUAGCAUCUGUCUAUGAUUGUGUGGUACUAAAUUGUGAUUGAACAAUAGUUUGGUACUGGAAUCGAGCCAAUUUUUUGCCUUAUCGGUAGACAAUCGAAAUCAGUUGAAUUAUCUAUAUUUUCGAUUGUGUGAACCCAAUUGUUGAGAAAAUAUGCACUUCAAAAAUUAUAUACAUUGCAUGUUGAUACGUGUUGCAUGUACAAAUGCUCAACCUGAAACCACUGUUUUAUGAAAAAAAUUGAAAAACAAAUAGUUUAGUUUAAGCUUAAUAACUUCAUCAUCAAAUUUACAGCAGAUGAUUGGUGAGCAUACAGAGCGUAGCCCCAAUUGAAUCUGCCUAAUCUCCUGUGCAAAUGGUAGUAUGUUAGGUGUGGAGCAAUUGGUGAGCAGACAGAGCAUAGCCCCAAUUGAAUCUGCCGAAUCUCUUGUGCAAAUGGUAGUAUGUUAGGUGUGAAGCAAUUAAUGCAUGAAGCGUGCGUUAUGAACGGUUUUAAUGAACUUUGUUUGCAGUAACGUGUUACAUUCGAAACUAUCAUUAAAAAAAUGAAAUGAAUGACAUCACCUUUACUCAGUCGACUUACAUUACAAUAUCAUUAUAAAAUCGGUAUCAGGUACAUUGUUGCAUGAAUAAUCCCAGAAUUGUGGCACAAUUUCCGAUGUGGCACAAUUAAUCAAUUACUAGGACUAAAUAUUAUCAACUAACAAAUGCCACAUCCGUAAUUGGUAUUUGAAAAAGAAAAUACAGUAUUUGCACUUUGUCUAAAUCUCUUGCUGCAAUGUGCCCAAGUGUGCCCUAUUAUGUACUGGUUAACCAUUUUCAUGUUAUGUAUGUUUAGAUAGCACAAGGCUAAAUGUUUGGAUAAUGGAUGGUGAUGUUCGAUAUAAAAAUCUUCUAAAGUUUGCCAUAACAAAAAAAUCAGCAAAAGACGUUACGGUUAUACUUAUAAUUGAUAUGUCGAGACCAUGGACGAUUAUGGAUACGCUGAACUCCUGGGUACAUGUAUUAAGGGAGCAUAUACAUUCAUUAAAUUUAUCACCAAAAGAGCUUAAUGAAAUGGAACAUAAUAGUAAGUCGGUCAUGAAUGAUAAGGGGCAUACCUUGUGGGGGAGUUUGGGGUUGUGCAACACCUCCCUCCACUUUUCCCCAAGAUUGUCUGUAAAAUUGGAAAAUGAAAUGCUGAUCAGUAAUAUAUAAAGAGAGACUACUAUGUCAGUUGGUUUUGCAAAUAGUAUUUGAUUUGCAAUAGAAUUUUACAUCAAUUUCAUUUGAUACAUGACCACCUUACACAAAAAUUUUGAGAGCAAAUUUUGACAUUUAGGCGUGGUCACAAAUUCAAUAUCAGAAACAACAAACUCACAUUGUGGCUAUUUAUAGAAUAAAAAGUCGUUAAAAGUCAUCAAAUAAUUGCUAAAUAAUUGCUAGCGAGUAUUGUCUUAAAUUGAGAAAUAAAAUUAAUUUAUAAGGUGUACUUAUCUUAUUGUAAUUCAACUUCAAAUUUGUGAGUUAGAACUGGAAGGGAGAUGAGUGAGGCAACACCCCAGCAUGCUGUUGGCCUGUGCUGUGUUCAGUUGGCCUGUGCUGUGUUCAGUUUGCUCUGCUGCUUGCAACUGGAUCAACAACAGCAACACAUGUCCAGAACGUAUAAAGUCAACAUCAAACAGUGCAUACUAAAAAUUUUCAUGAUUUAUGGCACUUUUGACGUUUUGUUAUCGAACUUGCGCUACCGAUAGUGAAAGAGGCUGAGGAGUGCACCCACCUGAACAGAGAAUGUGUGCUUAAUACUCCUGCCUGACAAUACACACAUUGAUAUAUUGGACUAUAAUAUAGCAUUUGUAAAUUCUGAACGCUGAUUGGCUAAGAGCCGUGUUGAUAUAACUCAAUGUCAACACAGGAAAUUUUCCACAUUCCAUACAAUUUCUCGUUUUCCCAAUUCCACUCGUGUUGAUAUAACUGUAUAUCAACACAGAAAAUGUUUUAGAUUUGUUAAUUGUUAUGUGUUUUUAGUAACAAAACAAUUCCAAGAAUAUGUUGACCCGGAACAAGGCGAAGAGAGAAAGAAAAUUGGCAGUGAAGAAGAUGAUGUGGUUUUACCAUUAGAUCCAAAUGUUUUAACAGAUAAUCUUGGUUUUCCUAUAGUUGUUGUUUGUACUAAGGUAAUCUAUUAAUGCCCUUUUACACUUUCAAUUUUUCCUGCGAUUUCUAGUGCAAUUUUGUUCUUCUGAUCCAUGUGAACGAGUAGAUGAGCUAUUAAUGUUCUGAGUAUAUGUACCUUCUUCUGAACAUUCAUAACUAAUCCACUCGUUCACAUUCGUCAGAAGAAGAAAAUUGCACUAGAAAUCGCAGCAAAAAUUACAAGUAUAAACGGGCCUUUAAGCUGGAGUAAUACGAGCAAAAAAUUGCUGCAACUUGCAACAAAAUCUGAUUUCUACGCAUGUUAAUUGAAAAUGUUUAUACACAUACAUUACAAAUCACGAGGCAACAUGUGUCAACAUUUCUACUUAACAUGCGUUGAAAUCAGAUUUUGUUGCAAGUUGCAGCAAUUUUGUUGCCCGUGUUACUCCAACUUUAGGUGAACUGUAAUUUUAGAGAAUUAUGGCACGAUCAUAUGGCUGUUUUGGUUUUCUAACAUUUGCUCAAAAAUUCUUUCUUUUUUUGCAGACAGAUUCCAUGUUAAGUUUAGAAAAAGAACGGGAUUAUAAAAAUGAGCACUUUGAUUUUUUACAACAACAAAUUAGAAGAUUUUGUUUAAAAUGUAUCCUUUUCAAAGUAGCAAGUGCUUGAUAUCUUUUUGAAUGUCUGAGUUUUAUUGUAUAUGGUAUACAUCUGGUAAAUAUCUGGCAUGAGGCUUGUGUUUGUAUAUCUUACGAAUGCUGUAAUAUAUAGCGUAGUUGCGAUCUGUCUGGAUGAAAACUUUAAUAUUCUUCAAUAACCAUGAAGACAUGAACCGCGAUAUUUGGUGAGAAAAAUGAGCUUACAAAUUUAGGUAAAUCAGCAGGAAUUUGUUCAGAUAUACAAACUCCUUCACGGUCAUGAUUUCUAUUGUGUUUUCUUCAUGAAAUAUUUAAGUUGCAUUGCACCAAAAUGCGCCCUGCUGUAUUAUUUUACUCUGUCUAAUGCCAGACCAUUUUACAGUCUUGCAUAUUAAUGGUUAACACCAAACAAUCAAGACCAAUGUGUCUUGUCAACCCAUUGAGCUAUUAAGUACCUAAGAUAAGUUUUUUCCAGUAUUUUCUACAGAUUGUAUGUUCCUUGACCUUCAAUACUAGAUGGCGCUGGUUUAGUCUAUACAUCUGUUAAAGAAUCAAAGAAUUGUAAUUUGUUAAAAAAGUAUCUCCUACACAGAAUAUACGGAUUUCCGUUUAGAGUACCAGCUUCGGUGCUUGAUAGAGAGUCUAUUUUUAUGUGAGUGGCAUUGCUUUGGCAAACGAGAUAGAAAAUGUGACUCUAAAGCUUACUCUAGCCAUCGAGCUCCAUAUAUCUGGAGCGAAAACUCGAGUCCAAAAAGUGAAGCCAAAGAUGGAGCUGUUGGACGUCAGUUCAUUCCCUUUCUAUUGUUUUUGUCUGCAGGGAAUGUGCAGAAAUUUCGUAUUUUAACUUCUAUUUAAAAACUGAUAACUGGAUUAGCGAUACGGUCCAGAAAAAAACUGGUAUUAGCUGGGAUUAAAACUGUUUACGACCUUGAUUUAAUGAUUUAAUAAUUUAAUAAGAUUCGGCUACUAUUUAAAUACAACAUAUAGAGCCAGGGAAUUCGCCACAGGUUUUCCCAAUUACGGCGAUCCCAUAUAAACAAGAAUUAAAUUACUGUACAAAACAAAUUUUCAAAGCAACUUAACAAGCUAAAACUAAUAAGGCUAAUAACGAUUAACGAAAAUCUAUACUGUCCAUGUUCAAUAAUAUAGGACUAACAACAACUUAUUACAUUGUUAAGCGAUCUGGCUCCUUUGCACUUUACACAUAGCUAACCUUCGUAGCUAUUGGAUGUCAAUGGCCGUCAUCUUGGCUUCACUUUUCUCAUAGGCCGAAUGACUGAAGUUCUUGUUCCAGAUGUAUAUAGAGAUCACUGGGCUCUAACCCAAACCACUGAGCCUAACUCAUAAACAGUGGGACAUGAAUCUAUAUCCCAAAACAGCAUUAGGGUAGACUAGGUAUUUUUACAUAAAAAUAUCACGCAAUGUUUGAUUUAUGUUUUCAGACCAAGUGGUUGGGAUAGUGUAUCAAAGAUAAAUAUUUUGGACGAACACAUGAAUCAUAUCAAACCAGAAGAUGCGUUUGAGGAUCAUAUAAAAAAACCCGAAUACAGACGAGUACGUUGAGUCGCAUUCUUUUACAUUUGAAUGAUAUACCGAACCAAGCUAUGCUAUAAUAUCUGGAUCUGAAAUACUUCAGUAGUGUAUAAUAUCUGUGUCUGAAAUACUUCAGUAAUAAGUCGAUGAAUAUAGAUUCGUAACCAAAUUGUUUAUGCUUUGAUCAAUUUUUCCGCUUUUUAGCCAAUUCAAGACAAAGAAUUGGAAUGCGAAGAAGAGCAAUCAUUCUUGGAAAAACAACAGGUUUCAAAAACUUACAAUUUAUUACAACCUCACUCUGAGAUUUGUUGUCUGCGCCAGUAAAGUUUGCUCUGUGACUUUAUACUUUCCUCCUCGGUACGAAAUGAACUGGUACAUUAUUUCACACUGCUUUCCAUCUUUGCUAUUUCCAGCAAGCCUUGCUAAAGAAUCCGCCACCAACUGGGUUGUCAAGGCCGCCUGGCAUGACGGUAAGGCGUCCGGUCGUAAUGGUCGUGUUCAUUAUGACUGUAUCUCCAGAGAAAUCUAGUACAAGUAUUCAAGCACGAGUAUUAACUUGAUCAUACUGCACAAACGAGUACUACAAUUCAAUAUAUUCAUUUUGUGUUUCAUGGUAGGAUAUGUCCAAACCAAGAAUACCUAGUUCUCCGGGCGCAAGUCGUAUCUCUCCAAGUGGUAGAGCGGCUGGUGGUGCUGGAAGUGCUAUAAAGUCAAAGGUAAGGAAGAGACUAGUGAGUUCACGACAACCAGGUACAUUAACAGAAAGGCGGAUCGGGAUCUUCAAACUUCUAAAACAAUUUUAAUGACAGUACCACUUUAAAUUAAGUUAACCCAAAAAGAGUUAUUUCUGGGUUAACCAGAAAAAUUUUAACCAGUGUUUUUAAUAGUACACAUUUUUUGGUUGAUCGAUAUUUUUUACUGAAUUAUUUAUAUAAAAGUAUAAAAUAAAAAUAUAAAGUAUAAAAUAAAAAUCGAAAAAUGAAAACACCUUGAACAUCCAAGAUAUGAACUAAAACAAGACGUAAAUUUAAACACUUUAUUAUUAUUUAUUAUUAUUGUUAUAAUUAUAACAGUAUUUACCCAGGGAAUCUAUACAUUGCAAAAGUGGUUUUCAGAAGGACCCUGCAAAAUACAAUUGCCUAAAAAUAAACAGUUAAAUGACUAAUUACUGAAAGAAAAUAUUAAAAAAACCCAAUUACAUUAGUAGUAAAAAGUUAUAAAUUACUAGAUUAAAGUUAAAUUAUAAUGACUUCAAGUUAAAAAAGUAUAAUUGUCGACGUAUCGAUAUAGUACAAUAGCCUAAUACCGGAAUUUAUUUUACUACCCUAUUUUAAGUAAAUUAACGUGGUCUUCAAACAAAUUACACUGACUCUUUACUUUGCUUUCAUAGGAAGGGGUGAAGGUUGGCGCACCUGGCCCAGGCGAGGGUGUCCUCGCGAAUUUCUUUAACAGUUUACUGAGCAAGAAAUCGAACGCUCAAGUCGGCAAGUCAACUGUAAGACAAGACGCCAGUGCUGAAUUGGAAAAAAUGACGAGGACAAAGAAACUGGCGAAUAUGGAGAAUAAUUCACAAUCUGGGUCAGAAAGUUCAUGAUCUGGUUGCAGAACGAGGGAUUUUCCAGGGAGAUGUACAGUAUAAUAUGAAUGUCUGGGGGUAUCACAGUAUGUCAUGAAUGAUAAUUGGGUUUGCAACCCACGAGAUAUAUAUUGUUUAUGUGGCUGGAUCGAGCAAUUUCAGCCAUCGAAAUUAGGACCUGUUCAUGUGAGCCCAGAUAAUUGGGAAAGCAAUUUCUAUUCAUAUGAGAACCAGCCAGCCAGCCAGCCCGGCUAUUCUUGGGUUUCAUAUGACGUCACAAAAGUGACGGGGGUUCAACAAUUAUCAGAGUGAGUCGAUUGCUCGUUUUAUGUAUUAGCCUUGUGUUUGGUGACAAAUACAUGGAAUUUCGUAUCACGUUCUCACUCCAGUGCAGUAUAAGCAUCAAUGCAUUUGAGGUUGUGAGCCCCCGUCAGAUUCACUGCAUAAUGCCGUAGUGAAACCCAAGAAUAGGUGAGAUCUUACCUUGCACUGGGUGGGAUCUCAGUCAAGUGUGAUAAAAUUUUCCAUACGAAGGCUUUAUCCAUCUGACUGGGAUGGACAUUUUUUGCCGAUUUUGACCUAUAAUAUAUAAUAUUAGGUGGGAUAAAGCAGUCAUAUAAACACAGAAAUAAUUUGUCUCACUCACUUCCUUGCAAACCGCGGGCUCAUAUGAGCAGGUCCUUGGGCAAAUUUUUCGGAAGCGAAAAAUUGCCUCCGUUGUCAUCGAAUGAUUGUAAAGGCUGUUAAUUUCCAGGAAAUUGCUCGAUCCAGUUCGCCACAAAGGAUGGACAAACUCUAAACCCAAUAUCCACAGGAAAAAAGUCUGUAUAAAUAACAGUAAGACAUGUAUUUCGAGUCACCGAAUCAGAAUUUGCAUGCAGUCGAAUGUGCACUUGUGGGUGUAGCUUAGAACGUAGAAAUGUGUCAGACAAAACUUCUAUGUAAUCACUACCGCACAGAAAAUUGAAAAAUUUAUUAUCUAUCUUGAUAUAUGAUAUAAAAUAGACCGCAGUAUUCUUUUAAUUAAAUUAAGUCAGUAAUUAGAGUAAGGCCCUCGACACGUAACGAUUUUUCAAAUCCGACACCCUUUUGACUAAAUUAUAAUAUGUAGCCAUUUCAAUUAAUGUUGUCCCUGAGCAUAGUUAAUAUAGUAUGCCCUGAGCAAGGCGGAAAAGUCGAAUACGAGCGCGAAAGGCUUGCUGGGAAUCGUUAAAAAAUUCAUUAUUUUUUUAGCGAUUCCCAGCAAACCUUGCACGUUCGUAUUCGACUUUUCCGCUUUGCUCGAGGACAACGUUAAUUGAAAUAGCUGUAUACAGCUAAACCAUUUACCAAGCAUAAAUUACAUCUUAUCUCAAAAUUAAAACUGGAUGGGUGCGUCUGCUCAGGAGUUACCUACAAAAAAUUCUGUUAUUGCUUGGAAGAGGUUAUAUAUAGAUUCUGCAUUUCAAAAAAUCCCUGAGUAUUUUGACUCAAAAACUUAUGCAGUGUCUCAAACGUUUUUAGCAACUUUUUUGACUAAAGUUUACAAGUUUUUGAGUAAAGAUUUGCUUUACUGUUUACUGUGGUUAUAAGAGAAAAAGGGCUUUUAUUCUCUAAAUAGUAAUUAGCCUCCCUUAAAUUUCCCAGUGAAUAACUCGUGGAAAUUCCAAAAUGGCCACCUAAAGUCCCAUAAAUUAUAGCCCUAACGUUCUAAACUCGUUCACUGAAGAGGUUUGCAAGUUAUUUUUUUCAGAUCAAAUAUACACUAUUUAGACAUCGACUAUACACCAUAGCUAAUUUGAACACCUAAAUAUAUUUGAUUUUGUAAAAAUGACUAUAUUCUGGCUUCAAAAAUAGAUGGUUUUUGAAAAUUAAAAGUCCUAUCCAUGCGAUUUCGAGACAUACCACCGACUUUUCCUCUUAUUCCUUUUGAGAAACAUCACUAUAAAUUACUGUCUGUUGGAGCCGGAUUUGAAAAAUUGGAACUUGUAAAUAUAGGUCUGGAUUGGUCAAUUAGGUUCUCUAUUUAUUAUACCAGUCAUAGUGGAUAAGAUAAAUGUAUUCUAUCUUAAUACUUACCAGAAUGCAUAGUGUUAGAAAAAAUAAAAUUAUUCAAUUUCACGC